UUACAAUCAAAGAGUCAGCUCUAGCUGUCAUUCUAGAUAAAUUCUCUCACCCAAAUAUGGAAAAUAAUAAUAGUAAGGACAAGGACAAGGACGAUCCGAAUAAAGACGACAACGAUGGCAACAAAAGAGAUAAGAGCGAGGUAUCCAAUAAUAAAAGACGAUCGAAAACUAAGAAUAAAGGCCAACAGGCUGGUCCAUCACUGGAGGAGCUUCGUGUGAAAUAUGACGACAGGCUCGAUUCGAAUCAGAAUUCUCCCUCAACCGGUUCAAGGUCGGGCAAUAUAUCGCGACAGAGCUCGGCGUUUGUGGAUCUGGGACAAUUCCUUGACUUUGACGAUCUGCUGCCAAUGAUUGGGGAGUUUGGCUUGUUCCAGAAGCUUCUGUUCCUGUUCAUGAUACCCUUCUCCUUCAUAGCCGCCUUCGUGUAUUUGGGUCAGAUAUUCAUGACGCUGACACCGCAUAACUUUUACUGCUUUGUGCCCGAGCUGGCGUUGAUAGCUGACGAGGCAGAGCGCAAGCAGCUCUCCAUACCCCGGGAGGAGGAUGGCUCCUACAGUCACUGCUUCAUGUACGAUGCCAACUACACGGCCAUUCACUUUGCCCUCAAUCGUACCAUUUAUCUGAACUCGACAUGGCCAACGAUACCCUGCAAAAAUGGCUACGUCUUCGAUCAUGUGGAAAUGCCGUUCCAUUCGGCCACCAUGGAGUUCGGGUGGGUCUGCGACAGCGACUACUAUGCCACCUUGGCGCAGAUAAUCUUCUUUGUGGGCUCAAUUCUGGGCGGUCUGGGCUACGGACGCUUUGCCGAUCUAUGUGGCCGCCUCUCGGCGUUGGUCAGCAGCUGUUUCCUCGCCCUAGUUGGCAGUAUCUUCAGCGCGAUGGCCAACAACUUUCCGGCCUUUGCUGCCACGCGCCUACUCGUGGGUGCCUCCUACGAUACUUGCUUCACCAUGAUCUACAUUUUGGUUCUCGAGUACGUGGGUCCCAAGUAUCGCACCUUUGUGGCCAACAUGUCCUUGGCCAUCUUCUACGCACCCUUCACCAUGCUGAUGCCCUGGCUGGCCCUGGGCACCUACCACUGGCGCACGUUUUCUGCCUUGUGUGCCGCACCCAUUAGCUUGUCGCUGCUAUCCUUCUGGCUGCUGCCGGAAUCGGCGCGGUGGCUGGUCUCGGUCGGUCAGAUCGACAAUGCCAUGGAGCUGUUAAAGCGGGUGGCACGGCGGAAUAACAAGACGGUGCCUCCCGGCGUCUUCGAUCACUUCAAGUUCAGUUGCCAGCAAUUCUACAAGGAGGAGCUGCAGGGGCGAAAUUUCACCGUUUGCUCGAUCUUCAAGAAGCCGCGCAUGGCCCGCUAUAUGGUGCUCAUGAUCAUCAUUUGGAUGGUCAUCUCGCUGCUCUACGACGGACAUGUGCGGGCUGCCAGUGUCCUGGACUUGCAUAAUGUCUUUGUCUUCUUCAGCAUUGCGUGCGCCACCGAGCUGCCGGGCAACAUUCUCGUGAUCCUCACUCUGGAUCGCUUCGGACGUCGCUGGUGCGCCUUUGUCUUCACCAGCUUGAGUGGAAUCUUCAGCCUCGUGGCUGCCAGCAUGAAGAACUCCAGGCACAUGCUUGGUGCCGCUUUGGCUGGACGCUUCUUCGCGAACAUCUGCUACAACAUCGGACUCCAGUGGGCGGCCGAGGUGCUACCGACUGUGGUGCGUGCCCAGGGCGUGUCCUUCAUUCAUACGAUGGGCUUUGUGGCUAUGAUGAUGUCACCACCGGUCGUCUUCCUUUCCAGCGUCUCCACCUCCCUCAUGCUCAUCAUUCUGGGCAUCCUCGGCCUUCUGGGUGGAAUUCUCGCACUCUUUUUGCCCGAGACCCUCUACCAUGAUCUGCCCCAGACACUCAGCGACGGCGCCGAGUUUGGACGGGAGCAGCGUAUCUGGCACGGGCCCUGCUGUGGUCCGGGCGCAAAGCGGGUGAAGAGACCCCAACGUUUGUGGCAUCAGGGCUCCAGCCUGCGGACGAUAUCGCGCGAUGAGUUCCGUUCGACCAGAAUGCAUCGAGUGGCGAAGACGCGGAUAGGCACGCGAAAGACACAGAUUUCCAGCCAAGACACGCUAGCCACAGAGAAAAUGAUUCACACGCACACCUUUGAGCAUGGUAAAAAUUGAUAAAUAAAACAUGCAGAGUACUUUGGGUGCUUCGGCGUUAUCUGUGGCUGU